ACUUUCGAUUUUGUUGACCUCACGGAAGAGAUUAUAAAAAGCUAAAAGAUUUAAUCUUAAUCUACUGUUUUCAACUACUAUACUGUUACUGUUGGUUAGCUGAAAUUACCUUAUAUUAUUCUUACUAUAAAUAUAAAGACAUGCAACGAAUCAUCCGUACAAUCAUAAAUCAGGUAUUUUAAAAAAGUAAUUAACUAUUGACUCAUAAUAUUCACAUAAUUUUUAUUAUUUUACUUUAAAAUUAAAAUGCAAUUUUAUUUAUAUUAAAAUUUUAGAAUGUCAAAAAAACUUAAAAAGUAUACUAAAAUAUCAUUUACUAUGAUUAUUCUUUAGCCUUUAACAAUUUAGUAGCGUCAGUUGAAUUAUUUUUUAUUUAAUUAUUGACUUAUUUUAUUGGUCCUACCAUCGUCAUUAAUGAGUAAUAUAAGUAUAAGACCAUGCUAUAUAAGACCACUUAUUAUUAUUAUUAUUAUUAUUAAUACUGGUACAGUAAAAUACAUUCUUAAAAUACAAUCUUCUAAACAAAAUUUAGACAACUUCACAUUACACCAUCACAAAACUUUGUCCCCCUCUCCCCACACUAGAUGUGUGAUGUAUUUACUUUUACAGAUGGCCCCCUACUUCAAAUAAUAUUAAUAUUAAGGCAUAAAAAUGUAUUUUUAGUUAUUUUAUACAUAAUACAUAUCAUACUUCGGACUAUUGUGGCUCUAGGCCAACAUUUACUCAGUAUUACUCAAAAUUAUUGUCUACACUAUAGAAGGGCUGGUCAAAGUAAUUGUAAUAUAAUUCGAUAAUACAUAAUGCAUUGGAUUUAAAAAGUGUAUAACAAUAAGGAGAGUGAAAUUUUUAUCAACUUAUUGAAUCAUUUAUUCCUUUUUUGCUUUAUAAAAACAUUAGAUUCAAUCUUUGACGGCUGUUAAAUUGAGACCACCAGCUAUAUAUGCACAAUGGCUCUUCAAAUAUGGAACAGAAACUGGUGAAAAGCCUGGUUUCGAAGGCAACCUUACUGCAGGAGAGAAAAAUAUUAAAGACAAACUUCAAAAAGCAUUUCCAGAUGCCACAGAAAUUCAAGUUGCUGAUGUUUCAGGUAGUCAUCUUGAGCCGUUUAAAUUCUUGAAAUAAAGAUUAUUUUUUUCCAUUCUCAUUCAAAUAUAUUAACUAAGUAUUGAAAGAAGUUAUUUUACUCUUGUCAUCAUUCAACUUAUGAUAAAUCACAAACUGAAUCCCAAGAAUGGUAUUCAAUUUUGGACAGUAAGAAUAAUAAGAUUGAAUUCCAUAAUAAAUUAAUAUUAAAAAUAUAUUUUCACUUUAGAGAUAAUAUUUUUGACAAUUUCUGUCUGAUUAACUACUCAUAGUCAUAGUCUAUCAUAAAAAAACAAAAACAUCUUCAUUGUUUUCCUUCAUACCAUGACUCAGACAGAAAAUUUAAUUUGACUGUUCUUUUUUUGGCUUUAGGUGGUUGUGGUGCUAUGUACCAGAUCAAUAUAGAAUCUCUUAAAUUUAAAGGCAUUCGAACCAUUCAGCAGCAUCGACUAGUAAACGAGGUGAGUGUUAUUAAAGAACACAAUGUGAAUAACUUAACUGAGUGAUUAAUUGACUAUUUUGGAAAUAGUAUUAUAUCAGCACAUUUAUAAAAAUCACAAAAUUGUGAAAGAUAACGCAAAAUAAUGUGGAAAAUGUGUAUUUUUAAAGUAUUUUUAAAAUUAAAUACAUGAAUUAGGGUUGAGCCAAGAAUAAUAACUUUACGUCACCUUGUAUAACUAACGAUAGCCAUUUUUCAUAUUAUGAAAUCUGCUGAGUAGUUAAUGCAGACUGCCUGGUUUGGUAAUAAGCUACAUGGUUAUUUUAGCUUUCCAAAACAACCUGCCAUUGCCUAUAGAGUGACAGGAGAAAGUGAAUAAACCAAAAACAAGGAAUCAAUGAAUAUUUGUCAUAACCCUAAGCCUAAAACAUGUUGUAUGCUUCAUAUGAUGACACUCUGCAGUCCAGAAAGACAGCUCCCAUCUUGAAGAUAACUUAAAGACCCACUGCAUGUUAAGUUAAAAUAGGCAUGGAUCAACCAGGCUUAAAACAUAAGCCAUGCGACCCGUGUGAUCAAUUAUGUAUUGAGUGGCAGAGACAGCAGACUAGCAAGUUGUUGAUGAUGAUGUUUUUUUACAAGCCACACCAGGUGGGACCAAUGCAGCUGACCUGUUUACUCUUACGAUUUUGGCGUACGAUGUAUAUAUUAUAUUAUAUAUAUAUAUAUUGUAUAUAUUGUAUGUUUAUUUUUUACUAUUAAGAUAAUGUAUUGAAUGAUAUUGUACGAUUUUAAGAGUUUGCGGGUAAACAGAUCUGACGCAGCAGUGAUGGAGAAAAAGAGGGUGAAGCAGACAAUGACAAACAUUUUCUUGUUAAUUUUUUUGUUUAUUCUGUUGUAUUUUACUGUCACAAUCACAAUGUCUUGUACAUAGUAACAUAGGCGAAGUGGUCCAAAUAGUGACAAAUAUUUUAUUAUACACUAUCACAAUGUGAAAUACAUCUCAUGGAAAUCCGAACAUACUUGGAACUAAUAUUAUAUUAAUCUCAAUGCUUCAAUUACUAGCUUCUGGAUAAUCUUCUUUACUUCUUAAACUUAAAAAUGUAUCAACACACUAUAAACUGUUCAAUCUUCUUACAUAAACUUUGUGAAUUCAAAAAACCAUUUUACUCAACUUCCAUCUUGUCUUCCUCUCUUUUCUUGAUUGGCCAGUUUUUCUCAAGUCCCAAUACUCUGUAUAUUCUAUAAGUAGUAUCUUCCAUAUUAUAUUUGUGACAUUUACAUAUUAACAAAAAUGUAACUGUACAUCACUACAUUUUUUAUUUGUAGGCUCUAGCUGAAGAAAUCAAAUCUAUGCAUGGAUUUAAGUUGUCAACAAAAACACCGGACACCGAUAAGGAAUGAGUUGUUUAGAUUCUGACAAGUGUUCCAAGUAUUGUUUAUUCUGUUUUACACGCAGGUUGUGUCUGAAUAAAAUCAUAUGGAUAUUAAAUCACUAGCUGCAAUGGCUUUGUAGAUGUUAGCUUAGAUAUGUAUGAAAUUUUAGAAGCUAUGCACUGUGUUAGCUGACUUGUAAAUAAUUCUAUUUUAAUUUAAAUGACUCUAUAUUAUAAAUUUAUGAAGAAUUAUUUAUAAGCAGAAUUAACAUACAUAUUUUUUUAUGAAAACGAACCAUAAAAAAGUUUUUGUGUACAGCUUUUCAAACUACAAGUAUGAUUUAUAUUUUCAUGAGCUACUGACAUUUUCUUUUAUCAAGGGAGUUAAUAUAAAUUCAAUUUCACCCCCAAGCUAAAACAUGUAUUAUCGCCCUUCUUGCUGGACCACGACUUUCCAGUUAGAGUCAUAAGGGCUCAUUGAAUGCUAAGAUAGCACUUCAACAAAAAAAAUAUAUAAAACAUUUUGAAAUUAUGGAAUUUUUUUCCAUUUUUAGUUGCACAAAAGUCUGUCCAGCUUGACACAUAGACUUUAAUUUUGAUCUAAAACCAUAGGUAAGUUUAAAUUUGAUAUUAACCUGACUAAGUGAAGGGAUAUGACAUUCAUCUGAGCUGAAUCAAUCAGGGCCAUGAUUGGGGGGGAGAAGGAGGACCUUCGGUGAAAAAAACUGUCUAGAGCUGCAAAUUUUGAGGACAGCAAAUUGCAUUUAUUCAAGAGCCGUGAAAGAGUUAGUGUUUUUUCGGGCCUUGAGCUAAUUUUUAAAAAAAGGCAAUUAAAAAAUAAAAUCAAACUAGUUUUUAUGCCAAAAACAAUGGUGAGUGCCUGCAGUAACCAUUCAAUAACCAUCAGCAAAAAAUGUUCAUGAUUGAGAGUUUAUAUAAUGUAUGUUCAAGGUGUCCAUGUUCAAUCUUAUAUGAUGAUGAAAGUUAUUUUUUUGUGUUUGAAAGUUUUUGAGUUUUUAGUAUAAAAUGUCAUUUGAUGAGUCAAUGUUUUAAAAAAAAAAAAAAAAGGAAAAGAGUGUUUUCGAAAUCAAGUGGAUUGAAUGUUAAACAAGGAUCUCAAAGCUCCUAAAAGCCGGUUUAAGUGGUUACAAUCAUCUCUUGAUGAUGCUAAAAAUCAUUAAAAUUGUUUAGAUAUUAUCUAUAUAGUUAUAUUUAAUGUCUCUAAAUCUAUGCCUUUUCAUGCCUAGAGGUUGGGUACAUACUAACCCAUUCCUAGAUAUGCUUCACGUUAAAUAAGAUAUUUUAAUGCUAUACAAUAUUGCUUCACAUAAUUAAUGUGGUGACCAGAUCUUCACUGCAUUAUGUUUUGUGUCAGUUAAUAUUUACAUUUCUUUGUUUGAAAAUAAAAUUAAUUGAAAAGAAGAGAGAAACUUUCUAUAAGAAAGUUGAAUUCAUAUUGGUUGCCUUAAAACCUGUGGUGAUCAUGGUUGUUCAUUGCAGUAUUGAGUGUGUAAUUUAUGUCAGAGCACUACAUAUAGCUAUCAAGUUCAUAAAUUUCAUCAGAGCUCUUUAUCUAUAAAUUUCAUAAAUUAUGUCAGAGCACUAUGUUUACCAAUCAAUUCAAUCUGAUAAAUUUUGUCAGAGCACUAUGUUUACCAAUCAAUUCAAUCUGAUAAAUUUUGUCAGAGCACUGUAUCUUUCAAUCUAAUAAAUUUUGUCAAG